GGCUGCCCAUCAAAACAGCUGUUGAUCAGCUGAUUCAUAUAAACAGACUGUUUAAAAACAUCGCACAGAGAGUGAAAUGAAAACAUGUUUCCGUUCGUCUCCAGGUUGAUUCGAAGAUGUUACUCAACAAAGGACACGAUUUUUGGACUAUCUUCUGGUUCCGGUAAAUGUGGCGUGGCUGUGAUACGCGUCUCGGGAGAAGCAGCCAGCGAGUUGGUUCGACGCAAAACAUGCAAUCCAAAGCUACCGGUUCCUAGGAAGGCCGUUCUUAGGAAGAUUUUUCACUGCAAUUCCCGUGAGCUGAUCGACAGGGGACUGAUCCUGUGGUUUCCGGGUCCAAAUAGCUUCACAGGAGAAGAUUCCGCCGAAUUUCACGUUCACGGUGGCCUAGCUGUUAUCAACGCCAUGUACGAAAGUUUGGGAUCCUUCGAAGGCGUUCGACUGGCGGAAGCAGGAGAGUUCACAAAGCGUGCUUUUUACGCCGGUAAAAUGGAUCUCACCGAGGUCGAAGGAUUGGCCGAUUUGAUCGAAGCCGAAACGGAAGCUCAACGAAAGCAAGCACUGCUGCAAGCAAACGGAGAGUUGUCACGGUUGUACAAUGAGAUGCGAGAACGGUUGCUAAAAUGUAUCGCCCACGUGGAAGCAUACAUUGAUUUCGCGGAAGAUCAAGAUGUGGAUGAUGGGGUCUUAGAUUCCGUGAAACGUGAGGUAGAAACUUUGACAGUUGAUAUCCAAGCUCAUCUAAAUGAUCACCGAAGGGGUGAGCGACUGAGAGCAGGAGUUAGAACGGCAAUAAUAGGGGCCCCAAAUGUUGGAAAAAGUAGUUUCGUCAAUUUAAUCAGCAACAGGAAGGUCUCGAUUGUUACCAAUAUUGCCGGUACAACCAGAGACAUAAUCGAAACUCAUCACGAUAUUGGAGGGUAUCCGGUAAUUCUGGCUGAUACGGCUGGUUUGCGAGCUAAAACAACUGAUAUAGUGGAGCACGAAGGUAUUGAAAGAGCUAAAGAUUACCUUAGUUCAGCAGACUUCUUGAUCCUGAUAAUAGAUUCGGAAAAUUUGAACAAUUUACUCAAAGCUAAUAGUAACAAUUUUGAAACUUGUCUCGAUUCAUAUUUGUCAUCAUUUGGAAUAGGAAAGAAACAAUUUUCCUCAGUCAGGUCAUUGGUUAUUGUUAACAAAUCAGAUCUUCUCGAUAAAGAAGACCUUAUACGGUUAGAAACCAUUCCAAACAUUAGACUUCUUUCCUGUUAUUCUAAGCAAGGAAUAGAAGGAGUACUGAAUGAAAUGAACCAACAUUUGAAACAGUUAUGUGGUAAUCCAACCAAAGAAAGUCCCAAUCUGAGUCAGCAAAGACAUCGCUACCAUUUGAAGCGAUGCGUUGAGUAUCUAGACAAGUAUCGACGUUAUUUGGAACAGGAAAACUAUCCGGAUCUAGCGAUAGCAACUCAACAUCUCAGAAACGCUACCAGAUGCAUCGGUAGAAUUACGGGAACAAUCGAUACCGAAGAAAUCUUAGAUGUUAUAUUUAGCAGUUUUUGCAUAGGAAAAUAAAUUUUCAUCCUAAAAUUA